ACUGAAACCAAGAUGCGGGACCCCGGAAAAAAUAGUCCAGAGAGAUAAGCCUUAUUUCAGGGGACGAUUCCUUUUGUGAAGGCCGUCACAAUUUGCACGAAGCCAACAGACCAUGGAGCAACUCUCCGAGGGCCUCUUGGCGCACCUCUUCUCGCUGCUUUCCGCUCGGGACGUGCUCCAGGUCGUCUCCACCUGCCGGUCGCUGUCUCCAUCCACUCCAUGCGUCCAAUCAGCGCUCGAGCGCGUCAUCAAUCAUCGUUUUGGAUCCGUCGCGAGCUUUUUAGAUGCCUCAUCAUCCCAUUGGCCACGAUCGCUUGCUGUUUUACGCGGUACCGAAGUACUACGCAUCAAGGAGCUUCUGGCGCGCUCAUCUACCUGGUCAUUCGAAGACGCCGCCUCAUGCUCUCCCAACUGCGUCGUCGUGAGCCGUGCGUGGCUUGGCGCCUUCAGGAAGCGCUGCCAGGGUUUCGAGCAGUAUUUACAGCAGUUCCGCCGUACUAAAAGACAGCAGCGGCGGCAAAAUGCAGCUAAAAAGAGGGACAGUGUUGCAUCCGAGAAACUAAACCUUGCAGCUAAUUCGACACUCAGCGAGGCCGGAGUCAUGAUCGUGUGCGCUCACGACGCACUGUUACCGGCUACUCAGUGCGUUGGUCGCAGUCGUCGCGCUAUUAUCAGUGGAGACGUGUUCAGAGAGAUCGCUGUCUACGCACCGGAGCUCAGAGGUUUCAGCUUGAGAUCGUGCUGUGAUUGUACCAUGUGUGUACUGGAGCAAGAGACGAGGGAGCUGGAGGCUGAGGAGAAAAAGAGAGUGAGAUUCGACGCGGAGAUUGCAGGAUCCGAGGAGAUGUUGGAGCUACUACAGAGGAAGAACGGGUUCCCUAAGGGACUGUUCUCGCCUGUGGACACAGUGGGAAGCAGACAGCAAUUGGCACAGCACUGGUCGGUGAGUGGAAGGAGCAAGUACGCGACGUACUUCUUGGUGCCCAAGAAAUGGUUGAACAAAUGGAGGAAAUUUGUUCGCAGUCAGGGAGACGAUAGCCCCGGUCCAGUGCUAAAUGCCGAGCUAGUGUGCUUGUCGCACCAGAAAACCAUUAUACCGCCCUAUAUAUCAAUGUUCCUGUCCGGGUUUUCCCUUGAACAAUCGCUCAAGGCCACCCAAGCUCUAGGAUCCACCCCAGCUCGCCAAUACGAGAUCGUGACAUUCGGGGAAUGGGAAGCGCUAUACGAUCGGUAUUGUGCUGAGUUUGCCGUUGGCUUCGACGUGAUCAAUGGGGCAUAUCACUGGAGGACACAAGAGUGCCAGAUAUGCAACUAUGGAAUGGGUGGCGGCCCAUCGUCGAAUCAACCAAACUCACGGCGCUGAAGUGGAAUCAUGAACGAUCGUACACUGUAUAAGGCCUCGUUACUGCUUCCAUGCCGAAGUAAAAGAACGCUGAGUCAGUCCCCUUGACCACAACUUCGCCAAUAUUCAAGCAACAAAACAGGGCAUACAUACACUAAAAGUAUGCACACUAUAUUCACGGAUUCACAAACCCUAAAGUAUCAGCUUCCGUGCCCCCUGUCGAAUCUAUCGGCGGUGGCUGCUCGGUCGAGAUCUUGGUCAUCGGCCUGCAUUGACUCUAGACGUGGUAUACUCAGGAUGACUUUCAAUAAUCGACUCAUCCAUGUCUCCCUCUUCGAUCUUUGGCAUCAUGCUGGCAUAUUCGGGGUCUUCUUCCUCGUUGAGCUUCGUACGACGGAAGGCUUCCAUCAUAGCGGGCACACUAACGUUAUCGAAGCUCAACUGACCACCGUAACGCAGCAUUUGAGCUUCGUAGGCUGCGUAAUUGUAGGCCUGGAACCAGCGCUUUCGCACUUCUUUUUGAACUUGUUUCUUGCGCUGUGCUGUCGUCUCAGCAAAUAUUCGUCGUGACUCAGCGAGUCCUUCUCCUAUGAUCAUGCUGAUCCCAAACAUUGUGACUGCAAUGCACGUUCCUACAAGUAGGAAGCUGAGCAACUGCACGUUGAUCAACGACUCAACGUUUAGGUCGUUCAGUCGAAUCAUAACUCCGAGCCACAACGUGAAGAAGAGCUGCAACUGGGUGAUACUCGCGAUGAGAUUAUCCGAGUAGCCGUCGUACGGUUGGAAGUAUAGCAAGAACCACAUCGUCGUCAAACUGUAUCAUGCAAAUGACACGUCAAUACUGGG